AUGUCUUCCAUCGAAGAUACUCCACUCGACCUAGGCCUGGCGGACAUGGCUCUAGAGUCAAGCACUCAAGCCGCAGAGGAUUUCAUCAACAUUCAUGAGUUGCGGCAAAUGGUAUACCAGCACAUCAAGCAACCGGACAUCAAGAACUAUAUCGGCUUUCUCACAUCAUGCAAGACCAUCUUCGCAGAGGUAACUGAGAUCUAUGUUGGUCCAUACAAUCGUUUGGCUCCCCAGGAGAAAGAAAAGUUCUCAGCGUCGUAUAGCAAACUUGCAUCACAUGGGCAAUUCGGUGGAAUACGCAUCCCGCAGUUGAGUUUGUUGGGCGACCAUCGCUUGGGUAUUGUCUCACUCCCACAGUCUAUGUUUGUCAACGCAUACCACGGCCAAUACAAACCACCAAACGCGAUAGGCCACGAGCACUACACCGAUUGGUGCGAACAACGAGAUGGUUACUACCGCAUGCACUGUGCGAGCCCCGUCCCUCAUCUGCCUAUGACUUCGAGCGACAUCGACACACUAGUCAUCAAGACUUGGGCAGAUAAUCUGCCAACAUUGGCCCAUCUAUCAAACGACAUUCUCGCAUACGCAGCUCACAUCCACGAUACCAUCAUCCGAGAGGAAGCCCGACUGUGCCACGGCUCAAGCAAACGCGAAAUUAAUCCCAGGAAAAUUGUCUUCGAUUGGAGUGACAUGAAGCCGCCAGCUGGUGCACAGCUACGCAAUAGCGUCAUCCUGUCUCCAAAGUUUUCGAGACGCUCCACAUCUCUGCCUGGAAAUUGGUCGGUGGAGGAGAUUUUUGGGCCACGGGGAUUAAUUAGUAUGCGAUGGACUCGUGUGUCUAAUUAUUUGUGUGAUGGUACUAAUGGCCAUUGGUGUAGUACAUGUAUUGGUAACCCCUAA